AGUUCACAGACAAGGAGAGCAGAGACACGGUCUUUGCCAUUUACUGGUGCACUCACUGUUCUGAAGACGUUCAGGCAGUAAUUGCAGCAAAGAAAUUUAAACUUCAGCCAUGGCUUUGUCACACCGGGAGCCACACUGUGAGACGGUGGGAAAGCGCAUGAUCAUCACAGGUCCAGACUACAUAAAAGACCACUUGCCUAAAGUUCACCAGCAUACCGCCUAUAUAGGAGAAAAGCGUCCAGCAUUAGAGAAAACUGGAGAUCUCAGAUAUUUAUGGAGGCCUGCUUCAAACAGAAGCCUGCCAGCAAAAUAUAAACACGAGUACACUUGUGGAAUUGGUUGGGGGAUACCACAGUACAGUUUCUUCAACAGAUCAAGAGUGGAAAGUGGCUUUCAUAUCCAGCAUGGCGAACUAAGUCUCCGCGCGAUGGACAAAAUAACCCACCGCUAUCAAAACCCUUGUAAGCAGGAGCAUGGACCAUGGUGUCCCUCAUGGAUGCUGGUGACGAACUCAGCUGGCAGGAAGAUCUCCGACCCAGACAAGGACCUCCGGGGCAGCCCAGACCUCGGACACCAACAAGCUCUCAGGGGUCCGAUCAGACCACUCACAUCAGUAUUGCCCCAAGCUGCAGCACCACCCGAGGACAUCAACAAGGCUUCAGGUGGCAGCGCAGACCACGGACCUCCCCCCAGCCUUCAGUUGUUAACAUCCCCCCCAGACAUCAACACAGACUCGGGGAGGACCACAGACCCAGACAGGGCCCCCAGUAGCAGCCCAGGUGUAGAUUAUGUGUCUUCAGGUGACAGCACAGACAUGUCCUCAGAUUGGUAUGGUCUCCAGAGGCUGUGCAGGCCACUCACAUCAAUAUGGCCCCCACCUGCAGCACGACCCAGGGACAUCUGCAUGAUUUCAGGACAUCCACGUGGCCUCCCGUUGUUCAUAGGCUCCACAGACUCUGACUACAGUCGGACCACAGACCCAGAUUUGGUCCUCAGUAGCUGCACAGUCCCAGAUAUAAACAUGGCUUCACGUGGCCACAGAGGGUACUCAGAUAGGUAUGGCCCCCAGAGGCUUCGCAGGCCACUCACAUCAAUAUGGCCCCCAGCUGUAGCACGACCCAAGAACAUCAACAUGGCUUCAAGUUCCAGCUUAGAGCACGGACAUCCACAUGGCCUUCAGUUGUUAACAUCCCCCACGGACAUCAACACAGACUCUGGCUGUAGUAGAACCACAGACCCAGACAUGGCCCUCAGUAGCAGCAUGAGCCCAGAUACCAACAUGAUUUCAGGUGGUGGCAGAGGCUACACAGAGUGGCAUGGCCACCUGAAGCUUCGCAGCCCACAGACACCAAUGUGGCCUCAGGUGGCACCACAGCCCACAGAUGUCUGCAUGACACCAGGGAGUAACACACACCAAACCACAGACAUCAAUAAAGACCCCAGAUGCAGUACCGUGCAGAGCCGUGCAGAUGGGGCCAUGGAUAACACCGUGGCCUCAGAUGGCAGCCCAGCUCAGGGAUAUCAACCCGGCUUCAGGCUGAAGUAUAGACUAAGGAGAUCUGCAUGGAGUUAGGAUAAAGGCCACAGACAUCAACCCGGCCCCCUGGCCACAUCAGGACCACUGACCCACGCAUGGCCCUCAGUGACAUCAAGGACCAGUUCUGCCUCUUCCCACAGCAUAUGUUCUGCUGCACUCUUCUGCCCUUCCCCCACCCCCACUGCUCAUUUAUUCGGUCAUCAUCGUGGUGCCUGCCAACCUCUAACCUGUCCAGCUUCCACCAGCUUGUGCCCCAUUUUUUUUCCUAAUACAAUGCUUUUUAACAUUUUGUUCUUUAUUUUUGAGAAUUUCAUAUAUGUACACAAUAAAAUAUGAUCAUAUCGACUGA